AUGCCCGUCUCAUUGGCUGCUCGGCCGGGUGCAUUAGCAGCCACAGGGCUGGCGCUGCACUGCAAUUUUGAUGCCAUACGUGACUUUGUGCUGCUUAACGUCAUUCCCAAAGCACAUGAAUUCCCUUUUGGACACUUUCGUGCUCGUACAUUUUUGUUGAAUACGUUGAAAGCGGAGGGUAAACUGCACGAGUACGAGAAGCUUAAUGCGUCGCAGCAGCUUACGGUCGUCUACUCAUCGCUUUCAGCUCUGAUUCGCGUCGACCGACAACGUUUGACUCACAGCAGCAGCUGA